AACUUCUAGGAUUACGCAUUUCAAGGAUAGAUUCGUUAAUCCCUCCAAAGGAAUGGCCUUACUUGAGGAAGAUGUUUUACUGCUUUUCCAAUUUGGGCAAAAUUAACAGCUACUCUUUUAUAUUGUAUUGUCUAGUUUAAUGAUUGAAACGAUCAGUCUUUGAAAUCAUAUUUUCAAAUUUUUUUUCAUUCGUUAUAAACUAUAGACUUCGAGCUACUUGUAGUUUGAUUCUAUUUGCAAAAAAUACUUGCUUUUAGAGAUUCAUUCUUAAUUCAUUUGCAAAAAGCAUCCCUUGUUUUUAAUUUUUUAAUUUUUAUCACUAAACGGUUGUAUUCUAUAGCCCGAUUGGCAAACCGUGUUCCAUUUGACUUGUCGUUUUGUACAAAGAAUAACCUAGGAGGCUACAAUCAUGGUUGCUGAUACUACUCUAUAUGAUAUUUUAGAAGUGGACCCUACUGCUUCUGCAGAGGAAAUUAAAAAGCGUUAUAAAAAGCUGGCUUUGCUAAACCACCCCGACAAGGUAGCAGAAUCUGAGCGAGAAGAUGCAGCAGCUAGAUUUCGUGAUAUACAAACUGCUUAUGAUGUUCUUCGGGAACCUGGUUCUCGAGAGAUGUAUGACAUGCACGGUCUUGAACAGGAAGGCCAAGAUUCACAAACAGGAGUUGACAUUAAUGAUGUUUUGGCUCAAAUGUUCGGUAUGAACUUUGGUGAUUCCGGUGCCAGAGGUGCGCCGGGGCAGCGAAAGCGUCGAGGUUCAGAUGUUGUUCAAGACUAUGAGAUAUCAUUAGAAGAUAUGUUUAAAGGGAAAGAAGUCAAGUUGCGUGCUACUAGAAACGUAAUAUGCCCUCACUGUUAUGGUAAAGGAGGAAAACGUUUUGCUAAAGAACGUUCUUGUUUGUCUUGCGAUGGAAAAGGCAUGCGACAACACCUUCAUAGAGUUGGUCCUCAUCAUGUGACGACACAACAGUCAGCAUGCGAAGAUUGCAAUGGGAAAGGAUCUGCUUUUAGAACCAAAGACCGCUGUAAAUACUGCAAAGGAAGCGGAGUCGUUGGAGAAAAGCGAGUCCUUAAUUUUUAUAUCCGUCGUUCUGCAAAAGAGACGGACAAAGUUGUUCAGCCAGAAAUGGCUGAUGAAGCUUUGGGAAUGACUCCGGGAGAUGUCGUCUUGCGACUUCGACAAAUUCCUCAUCCCGUAUUCGAACGAUUCGGUGAUGAUUUAAAGGCCAAGCUUCAUAUCAGCCUCGCCGAAGCUUUGGUAGGUUUUAAGAGAGCGAUCAUAACUACAUUGGAUGGCCGCACAUUAGAAUACCACCAGCCUGCCGGAAAGAUACUUCGACCAGGUGAUUGCAUUGUUAUACCAGGUGAAGGUAUGUACCGAGGUGAUCGAACCGAUUUACGUGGUGAUCUCUACUUGGAAGUCGAAAUAGAAUUUCCAAAGGAUGACUCAUUAGAUAAAAAGUCGAUGCAAUCUUUAGCAAAUGUCUUACCCAAUUGUUCUAAGCAAGUUCCCGUCUCUCAAGACGCUAUCGUGGACUCAGUGACAGGAUCCCUUGGAGACGUUUCAAAUUUUGGAGGCAACGCUCGUUUUGAAAAUCAGUAUGCCGAAGAAGAAGAUUUCCAAUCUGUGCCGGAAUGUACGGCUCAAUAAGCAUUGGAAACGCGAAUUAGGGUACAAUACCUGGAUUUCCUUCUUCAGAAAAAUAACUGCAUAAUCUAAAAUUCUAAAAAUAAUUGAAAUGCACCUCUGUCUUUACCCGAUUAUUGCAUUCAUUUUUUAUCGACAGACUCGCCCAUUGUAUGGUUAUAUUUAGGUAAUGGUAAUGAAUUCAUUCAACAAUGAUGGAUUUGGAUAGAAUUGCAUUUUGGAGUAAGAACUAAUAUAUAAUUGAACGUUUGAACAAUGUAUAGAACCUGA